AUGGCUACUGCGAAGAUAGGACCCGGAGUGGCAACUAUUCCCACUCACCGAGUCGCCACUGCCGCCGCUCUUUCCUCCGCCGCAAGUCCUCCCCCUCACCGUUUCAUCUUCAUCAAUUCACGCCGCUCUCUCCGAACUCGUCUCUCUUCUCUCACACUCCGAGCCUCUUCCGAGACUUCUUCUACCUCCUCCUCUGUCGCCUCACCAGGAAAAGGAGUUGAGAAUGUGGUAAUUAUAGGUUCAGGCCCUGCAGGAUAUACAGCAGCAAUAUAUGCUGCGAGAGCCAAUUUGAAACCUGUAGUGUUUGAGGGUUACCAAAUGGGUGGUGUUCCUGGGGGACAAUUGAUGACUACAACUGAAGUAGAGAACUUUCCAGGAUUUCCAGAUGGGAUUACUGGACCUGAUCUAAUGGACAGGAUGCGACGGCAGGCUGAACGUUGGGGAGCAGAGUUGCAUCAUGAAGACGUUGAAGCUAUUGAUGUGAAUAGUAGUCCUUUUACUAUCCAAAGCAGUGAACGUAAGGUUAAGAGCCAUACUGUAAUUUUUGCUACUGGAGCUACUGCAAAACGACUUAGGCUACCCAGAGAAGACGAGUUUUGGAGUCGAGGAAUUAGUGCUUGUGCAAUUUGUGAUGGAGCAUCACCUCUCUUUAAGGGUCAAAUUCUUGCUGUCGUUGGAGGGGGGGAUACAGCUACAGAAGAAGCGUUAUACUUGACAAAAUAUGCUCGUCAUGUUCACUUACUUGUACGCCGGGACCAACUAAGGGCUUCUAAAGCCAUGCAAGAUAGAGUGUAUGACAAUCCAAAUGUCACCGUGCACUUCAAUACUGAAGCCGUGGAUAUUGUAAGCAAUACAAAAGGACAAAUGUCUGGCAUUUUAUUAAGAAAGCUGGAUAGUGGGGAGGAGUCUGUGCUCGAGGCCAAAGGACUAUUCUACGGCAUAGGCCAUUCACCAAAUACCCAACUGUUGAAAGGCCAAGUUGAACUUGACCAGUCUGGCUACCUACUUGUUCAGGAGGGCACUGCAAAAACUUCAGUUGAAGGUUUAUUUGCUGCUGGAGAUGUGCAGGACCACGAAUGGAGGCAAGCCGUAACUGCUGCCGGAUCUGGAUGCGUUGCAGCUUUAUCAGUAGAGAGAUAUCUUGUCAGCAGUGGUCUUCUUAUAGAGUUCCAUCAGCCCAAACAUGAAGAGGUUAAGAAGGAACUAACAGACAGGGAUGUUCAUGCGGGCUUUGACAUUACACUUACAAAGCAUAAGGGACAGUAUGCUCUGCGAAAAUUGUAUCAUGAUAGUCCAAGGCUUAUAUGUGUAUUAUACACGUCACCCACAUGUGGUCCAUGUCGGACACUGAAGCCAAUCCUUAGUAAGGUAAUUGAUGAAUAUGAUCAGAGUGUACAUUUUGUUGAAAUUGAUAUAGAAGAAGAUCCAGAAAUAGCAGAAGCAGCUGGAAUCAUGGGUACUCCGUGUGUGCAGUUUUUUAAAAACAAGGAAAAUCUUAAGACUGUUUCAGGCGUUAAAAUGAAGAGAGAAUACCGAGAAUUCAUCGAGGCGAAUAUAUAG